AUGUCAGUUUUUUCGAACAUACUCGAUGAGAACUCUCGCAACUUGCGAAACGAAAUACCUUGUGAUGAUGGAAUUGCAUCUCCCAUCAACGACGACGACGAAGAGUUCUUGACUAAAAGUAAUAGGGUUCUUUUGGUCGGUGCAGAUUCCAAUUCGUCUUUGAAGAAUCUCAUGACACAGUAUUCCUAUCAAGUAACGAAAUAUGAGAGCGGAGAAGAGGCCAUGGCUUUCUUGAUGAAGAAUAAGCAUGAGAUCGAUCUAGUGAUUUGGGAUUUCCAUAUGCCCGAUAUCAAUGGACUCGACGCUCUCAAUAUCAUUGGUAAACAGAUGGAUUUACCCGUAGUAAUCAUGUCUCAUGAAUACAAGAAGGAAACGGUGAUGGAAUCGAUUAAGUACGGUGCGUGUGACUUUCUUGUGAAGCCGGUGAGCAAAGAGGUCAUUGCAGUUCUAUGGCGACAUGUUUAUCGAAAAAGGAUGUCAAAAUCUGGUUUAGAUAAACCGGGUGAAUCAGGUACGGUUGAAUCAGAUCCGGACGAAUACGACGAUUUAGAGCAAGACAAUCUCUAUGAGAGCAACGAAGAAGGCUCCAAAAACACUUGCGAUCACAAAGAAGAGAAGUCUCCGACCAAGAAACCGCGGAUGCAAUGGACUCCUGAACUUCACCACAAAUUUGAAGUAGCCGUCGAAAAAAUGGGCAGCCUUGAGAAGGCUUUUCCAAAGACGAUUCUCAAAUAUAUGCAAGAAGAAUUGAAUGUCCAGGGGCUCACUAGAAACAACGUAGCCAGUCAUCUCCAGAAGUACCGUCAAAGUUCCAAAAAGACCUGCACUCCUCAGGAGCCUCAAGAAGAUUUUGUCUGGGGUAAUGCUGGGCCAGAUGUCACUCUUGCAGCCUCUAAAACGCUCCUAAGCUCCCAUGCUACACCAUCGUAUUUGAUAAACAAUCAAGCUGCGCCUAGAGGAUCAUAUUUCAUGAACAAUAUCCCGUAUCCAUCAACCAGUUGCCUGCCAGUGAACAACAACAACUGCUUCAUGACCAACCCUUCCACUUAUAUUGACCAAUUCCAGCACCAGCUGCAGCAGCAGCAGCAACAUCAACAGUACCAGUCUACUCUAAAUAGUAUAUCUGCCAUGCUAACCAAGCAAGAAUCUAGACACGUGCCAUCAUCAGCCAUGGAAAAUUCCGAGCCGCUCAUGAUCUAUAAUUCAAAUCUACCUUUCGGUAUCGACGAGUGUUUCCCACCUGCAGGAUUCAACAUUUUCGAUCAGAUUGGUCACAAUUGA